AUGGAAUCGGUGAGAGGUGGAGACCUCCUUGAAGUGAAAUAUGAGCCUACCAAGGUUGUGCUCCUUCAAGACAUUUGUAAGGGUGACUUGGUCAUCCUUCAUUCAGCAAGGCACAUGUGGGCUACAUCCCUUCAUACUAGGCUUUCACUUAUGACUAUUUUCUAUUUAGAAAAUAGUCCCCCUUUUAUGUCACCUGUAUUUAAAGGGAGCUCAGGGAGAGAGAAAAGAGAUAGAAAAUAGAAAAAUCUAGAGCAUGAGAAGCCCAAUUCUCUCUAGUGACUGCAACAAGAGUUACGACAUCAUCUCUCUCCUUCUGUCCUCUUUUUCCUCCAUUAGUGACUGGUAUUACUACUUCAUUAACUAUGUCUCUAUUGUAUUAUAUUCUUCAGACCUUGUCAUUACUCUCUUAUCUAUUGAUUUACUGGUCGUGAGGUGUGUUUGUCCUUUUUAGACCACAGUAAUUAAAGUCCUACUUCAUUAUAGCCCAUUCUACAUUAUCAUUAUUAUUUAUAUAUUAGAAGAUGUUGUACUUGUAAUCUCUAGUUUCCGUUGUGCUGAUAGAUUAGUCUAGACCUAUUAAGAUCUUAUUCCAAGCAUUAUUUCCUAAUAAAUUGGUAUCAAAACUUGAUUAGAGGUUUAUUUCAACACAAAUAGAGAUACAAGAUGUCUACUAAGUUUGAUAUUGAGAAGUUUGACCGAAGCAUCAACUUUGGAAUAUGGUAGGUCAUGAUGAGAGCCCUCUUGACCCACCAAGGGCUACAUAAAAUAUUAUUAGGAAAAGAGAAAAUGUCAAACACUAUGUCUAUGGAAGUAAAAUAAGAAUUAAAUGAAAAAGCUCUUGAUGUGAUUCAACUUAAUUUGUCUAAUGAGGUUUUGCAUGAGUUCAUUCAUGAAUCUACAAUGGCUACAUUAUGAUUGAAGUUGGAAUCACUAUAUAUGACUAGAUCGCUCACCAAUAAAUUAUUUCUGAAGUAAUGUCUAUUCAUGUUCAAGAUAGCAGAAGGACAACAACUUGAAGGUCUUAUUACAAAAGGUAGACCUAAGGAGAAAAGUCAAUAAAGAAAUAGAGAUGAGUCAAGAUAUUAAUCAAAAUCUAAAAAUAAGUUAUGUAAUUAUUGUUGCAAGAAAGGUCAUAUAAAGCCUGACUGUUAUAAACUCAAGAUAAGGUAGCAAGAAGACUCUAAAUAAUCUAAUUAUACUGAAAUUUCAACAUAGACUAGUGUUGUUAAAGACAAGAUUCAUGAUUUUGUUCUUUUUGUUCAUACCAUCAGAUCUAAAGAUGAUUGUAUUUUAGAUACAAACUGUUCAUACCAUAUGACUACUUAUAGAGAGUAUUUUUUUACUAAUGAGCAAAUCAAUGGUGGAAACGUUUUAAUGGAAAAUUAUGUUUCAUGUAAGACUAUUGGUAUUAGCAUAAUUUGUAUCAAAAUAUUUGAUGAUAUCACAAGAACAUUGUCUAAUGUUAGACAUGUUCUUGAUUUGAAGAAAAAUCUCAUUUCUUUAGACACUCUUGAAACUAAUCGUUGUAAAUAUUCAAGUGAAAAUAGAGUCAUAAAAGUCAGCAAAUGAGCCCUUGUUGUGAUGAUAGGACAAAGAUGUGGUACCCUCUACACCCUAUUAGGGACUACUAUUUCUAGUUCAAUCGCUACAACAUCUACCUCAAUGACAGAAGAAGAUGUCACCAAAUUGUGGCAUAUGAGGUUGGGACAUAUGAGCGAGAAAGGAAUAGAUCUAUUAAGCAAAAGAGGCUUGCUUUGUGGGCAAAGUAUCAGCAAGGUUGAAUUUUGUGAGCAUUGCAUUUUAGGUAAGCAUAAAAGAGUUAGCUUCCAAAUGGCAACUCACAAGACCAAAGGUACUCUUGAUUAUAUCCACUCAAAUCUUUGAGGUCUUCGCAUUCCUUCAAAAAGUGUUGCUCACUAUUUUCUAUCAUUUAUUGAUGAUUUUUCUCAAAAUAUUUGGGUAUUCAUGCUUAAGCAUAAAUCUGAAGUUUUUAUGUAUUCUAAGCAAUGGAAGGUUUCGCUCAAAAGAUAAAUUGAGAAGAAAAUUAGAAAGCUGAGGACUAACAACAGUCUAGAGUUCUGCUCCACCGAAUUUAAUGAUUUAUGUAAAAACAAAGGUAUCGUCGAGCAUAGAACAAUUCGUUAUACUCCAUAAAAAAAUGAAGUUAUAGAAAGAAUAAAUAGAACUCUACUAGAACAAGUCUAUUGUAUGCUAUUAUCUAUAGGUCUUGGUCAAAACUUUUGGACAUAAGUAGUGUCUACAAUUUGUCAUCUUGUGAAUAGAUCUCCAGCAUCAGUCAUUAACUUCAAAACUCCUGAAAAAGUUUGGUCAGGUAACUCUCUUGAUUAUUUAGAUUUAAAAAUUUAUGAUUGUCUUGCAUAUGUCCAUGUAAAUGAUGGCAAGUUGGAGCCUACAACUAAGAAGUGUAUCUUCCUCAAUUAUGCCUUUAGAGUCAAAGGAUACAAGUUAUGGCUUCUUGAUCCUAAAUCUCCCAAACUUUUAAUUAGGAGAAUUAUUUUUGAUGAAGUUAGAAUUCUACAUCCUAGAGAAAGAAUGUCUACCCCUAAAAUUAUAGAUUCAAAUGGCGGUACUCUAAAUUAGGUGGAGUUAGAUAUAUCUGAUUCACAUAAGAUGUAUUCCUAGUAAGAGCAUGUUUUAGUGCCUAACACGUAUCAUGUGGAGAUAUCUUCACAAAACUAAAAUUACUCUCUUGCUCAUGAUCAAUCAAGGAGAGAUACUAAGCCACUGUUGACAUAUGGAUAUGUUAAUAUGGUCACUCAUUCAGACCCUUGUUGAAGAAACUUUGGAUCUGAAUGAGUCUUCCAAGUUUUAAGAUAUUAUAUCUUGUGAGGAUGCAGAAAAAUGACUAGUUUCUAUAGAGGAGAAAAUUGAAUCUCUCCAUAAAAAUCAGAACUGAGAGUUGGUGGAGGCUCCUAAAGGAUAAAAAGUCAUUGGCUACAAGUGGGUUUUCAAGAAGAAAAGAAGCACUCUAAACUCUGAUGAUGUUAGAUACAAAGUACGAUUAGUUGCAAAAGGUUACAAUCAGGUCGAAGGUAUUGAUUAUAAUGAUAUCUUUUCUCCUACCAUUAAGCAUAACUCUAUACGUGUUUGA